GCCACUGCUCAAAUUCAAACUCAUAGCUACAACGCCAGUCACAACUCGUAUCCGACUGCGCUGCUGAGAGGCUGGCACAGAUACUAUACGACGUAAGCUAACUCAUGAGUCUUCCGUGGCGAGGGUAUGUGCUGUCCUGAGCAUCUCUCUGCCUAAUUCAGAGCUAACGCACGUUCGUGAUGCUUUGGGGUCGUAAGUCAGUAUUUCUCCCCUGAAUGGAUGCACCGCUGACAGUUAGAGUUUGUUGUACCUGAUAUGGCCGUUGACGUGGGCAUCCUUUGCUGUAAUCGGUCCAUAGCUAACGUUGUAUAGCCUCUCCCUAAUUGCAAGAGCUUUUUCCCGCCUUGUCCUUGCUUUGUGCUGGGCGUUCACUACACGACGUUUACGGGCUAUUUACUAUCGUGCUCAAGACAACUUGCCUAACUCUCUACAGCGCUCUGACUUGUGUAGAUGACAUUGUUCCUGGUUGCUGGAUACGAGCAUGAUUUCCCAUGGCAUGGCCAUCGCCAUUGAAGGCCCUACAAACGGUAUAAAUCAGUACUUCUGUGUAGUGGCGUCUUAUAUCAGGGCCCAUCAUGAAAUCCGAAUAUCCCUCCGAGGCAUCUGCAACAAGUCACAGUUCCGUUCCGCAGUCUCCCCCCACAAAGCACGACUAUAAGCCUUCCAUCACCACCCCUGCAGGGUUGGUUGUGGCGACAAGCUCUUCCUCAAUCAAGAACCAUCCUGCUCAAGAAGAGUCUAUUGACCCACCUGACUACGUUUUACCAACAUCAUCCGCGAAGCACGGAUACAUCCCUCUUCCAUCCAGCAAUAGCGACCCUCCCACGUAUACUUCUUCUAAGGCCCGUCAAGUUCCAGGGAUAGUAAUGUCGAGCCCUGGACUAUCUGGAUCCCAGUAUCCGAACGAAGGAGGCUGGUAUCCGCCGGCAGAAUCCAACCAGGAAAGAUAUUCGCUUGAUGAAUGGAGUCCAGAGUAUAUCCUCAACAAACGGCGACAGGAAGCUCUUACGGAGGUCGACAACGCCAAAUUCUCCCGAUUCCAUGCGCGGGUAUGCUUGGUGGCAGGAGUUGGUUUCUUCACCGACGCUUACGACAUCUUCGCCAUCAAUAUCGCGUCGACAAUGAUAGGGCAUAUCUACGGACCCGCUGUGAACGGGCAGGGGAAGUUGAGUGAUGCGCAAGACUUUGGAAUCAAGAUGGCGACCCAAGUUGGUACUCUGAUCGGCCAAUUAGUCUUUGGUUGGAUUGCAGAUAUUGCUGGACGAAAGCGCAUGUAUGGGAUCGAACUCUUGAUCAUCGUCUUCUCAACGUUGGCUCAGGCAUUGGCCGGAAGUGCUGCGACGUCGGGGUCCGUAACGAUCGUCGCUUCAAUAAUCGUUUGGAGAUUGCUGAUGGGCAUCGGUAUAGGUGGUGAUUAUCCACUCAGUGCCAUCAUAACCUCGGAGUUCGCACCCUCGCACAUUCGAGGGCGGCUCAUGGCAGUUGUGUUUUCGACCCAGGGCUUGGGACAACUGACUGGUACUAUCGUCGCCUUGAUUGUCAUCGCGAGUUACGAGAAAUCGCAGAAUCUCGAUUCAGCAUGGCGUUUACUUAUAGGACUCGGUUGCGUUCCUGGUGUUGCGGCCCUGUACUUUCGUUUCACUAUCCCCGAAACUCCCCGGUUCACUAUGGAUAUUGCGAGGAAUGUCGCCCAAGCAACGCAAGACAUACAAAAUUACCUCAGAUAUGGUGUUUUCUUCGUGGACCGCGAUGCUACGAUCGAACGAGUACAAGCACGCACAGGUUCUAGACGUGACUUUGUGGAGUAUUUCUCGCGUAUGGAGAAUCUUAAAAUUCUUAUUGGAACUGCGUAUUCAUGGUUUGCUAUUGAUUUUGCUUUCUACGGGCUAAACCUGAACUCGUCCAUCAUUCUCCAAGCGAUCCACUACAGUGACUCGAUUGCGAAUUCUGACCUUCCACAAGCAUUCGCAAGUCUUCGCAGGAUAGCCAUAGGAAACUUUAUCCUCACAGCAGCCGGGUUAUUGCCUGGGUAUAUCGCCUCAAUCCUCCUGAUCGAGCGUCUUGGUCGCAAGCGCAUUCAAUAUAUUGGAUUUUCUGCUUUAUUUGUUAUUUUCUUGAUAAUGGGCGCUGGCUACCAACUGUUUGCAGGGUCAGCUGCAAGUUCCGGCGGGGCGGUCCCCGGUCGAGUUGUAGCGUUCGUCUUCCUGUAUUGCCUGGCGAACUUCUUCCAGAACUUUGGACCUAACACGACCACUUUCAUCAUACCCGGCGAGGCAUUUCCAACACGAUAUCGUUCAACGGCACACGGAAUCUCGGCAGCGUGCGGAAAAUUGGGUGCCAUCCUGGCUCAAGUGGUUGUCUUCGCGACCCACCUUUCUGGUGCGGACUCUGAUGAAGGUCUCAAGUCUGAUAAUCAUGCCCUACAGAUACUGCUUAUCGUAUGUUCGGUGUUUAUGCUAAGCGGCCUCGCAUCGACAUGGUUAAUACCUGAGACGCAAGGAAGAACAUUGGAGGAUAUUUCCAAUGAAGACCAAGAGAACUUCAUCACAGGUCCCCCACCACCACGGAUGGCAUCUCGUUGAUGGGGAGGGAAAGUUCAGAAAUGACAAUGACAAUGACAAUGUAAGGGCUGGCGAACGUUCGUAGGACUCGCAAAUUUGAGAGAGAACGGACUCUUCAAGUUUCUGAUUCGCCGCGGUGUCAGCGUACCAACGUUCAGACCUUUUGCUGCUGGUUUCUUCUUCAUCUAACCUAUAUGAGUACCUUACUUCUAGUAUAAACCUUGCAUUGACAGUCUCUGGGACAUUGUAGAACACAUUGUAUAUUUAUUUCAUGGUCUGCGGAGUUUUGAGCGCUUUUUAUCUGAUUGCUGAAGCGCUGG